CAUCGUCAACUUCGAGGAGGUUGAUGGGAUUGCAUGGCUGUCGUCCGCCAUGAUGGUCUUUGAAAAAUUUCCUCUAUACCUUCGAGUAAAGCGCUUAUUAUGCAUUCUUCAUGGAGGUGAGAUACCCAGCUUCACCAUGGACUAAACUUAGAAACUCUACUCUUUCUAAUUGAACCAUAAAAACCCGUUUACACGGGUUUUUUGGACUGCUAUCAGCCUUGCAAUCGCGUGGCCUCGUGGUUCUCCUACGAGGACUAAGAACCACUCGGAAAGAUGAGCAAGCUCUCGUUCCGCGCCCGGGCGCUCGACGCCUCGAAGCCCAUGCCCAUAUACCGGUCAGAAGAAAUCCCAGAUCUUCCGGAUUUUGCUGCGAUCAACAGAGCAGUGCCUCAGAUGCCAACGGGAAUGGAAAAAGAGGAAGAAUGCGAACAUCACCUACAGCGUGCGAUCUCAGCGCAGCAAGCAUUUGGUCAUACAGGAGAGCUCGUCAUCCCUACACCUGAAGUGUACACCAUUGGCGAUGAACUCUUCGACGAGCUCUACCCUCCAAAUUUCAAGCUUUCAAGGCAACUCAUACACAUGCAACCAUUUGCGAUGGAUCAGGACAUCCCGGACUAUGACAUGGACUCUGAGGAUGAAAAGUGGCUCACACAGCAAGCAAAAAAAAUGGAAAUCAACCCUUUACAGUUUGAAGAGAUGAUGGAUCGGCUAGAAAAGGGCAGUGGGCAGCAGGUGGUUACGUUGCACGAGGCAAAGACGCUUUUAAAAGAAGAUGAUGAUCUCAUCAUUGCGGUGUAUGACUAUUGGCUCAAUAAAAGGUUACGAACGCAAUGCCCCCUGGUGCCUCAAGUUAAAUCUGAAAAGCGAGAUGGAUCAAAUAACAGUAACCCGUAUGUCGCCUUCCGGAGAAGAACAGAAAAAAUGCAGACCAGAAAAAACCGGAAAAACGACGAAGCAUCGUAUGAAAAAAUGCUGAAACUGCGAAGGGACUUAAGUAGAGCAGUGACGCUUCUAGAAAUGGUCAAGAGGAGAGAAAAGACGAAACGGGAGCACCUCCAUCUCACAAUAGAAGUGUUCGAAAAGAGGUAUCAAGUGGGUGACUUCAAUGGCCAAAUCAUGGCAGAAGUCAUGGCCAUGAAAAAUUCCAGGCCAAGUUAUGUUUCUGUAAAUAAUAGUCAAUUGUCAAGGCAAGAAUCUAGGUUAUCAAAGCACCGGUCUGAAGAUGGCAUACCUCGAAAGAAGCGGGAGUACACCAAGCGUCGAAACAAAGAAAUUCCUAGUCUGUGCCCCAGCCAAGUGAGCUAUGCUCGGUCAGAACUGGAAAUGGGCCUGUCUGACGUGCCCAGCUCGGAUGAUGAGGCACUAUCACCGGUCACAUCGCCAUCUGACAAUGAAGAUGAAAACGAUCCGGAUGGUCCUUAUGCUUUCCGAAGAAAGAAGUACUGCAACUACCACGCUCCCCUUUUGGAGCGGCUCGGGAACUACCCCUGGUGUAGUCCUGACGAAGGAGGUGCGGGAGAGCGCAAGUACCGUUACUGCCUAACCACCUUGACUGUACCAAAGCCCCACUGCAUCGGUUUCGCCCGCCGGAGGAUAGGCAGAGGCGGCAGGAUAUUGCUGGAUCGAGCAUGGACUCCUUUGGAUGACUACUGGCCAGACUUGGAUGUAGCGCUAAACCAGUCUAUGCCCAAUGGCCUGCCCCCCAGCAAUGACUUCCUGUCAGAAGUCAAGAAUGAAUGGUUGCACUUCCGGCCACAGCGCAACGGCAGUGGGCUGCUGCCUGAGCCAUCGCGGCCAGAGCCCCUAUCGGGUGGCCCCGUGGGCCCAGCUGCUACCGAAGCUGGGGCUGGUGCUGGCGGCAGUGGCAACCACCCGGGCGUCUCCACACCUGUAACCCCCAGUAGCGUGCCGUCCUCGUCGUCUGCUCCGACGACGGAUUACGAGAGCUUCCAGAGCCACCAGGAGGAGUUGUUCGAAAUGCAGAGAAAGCAGCUGGAGAGGUUAAAAGGUGUGACAACAGCGUCGGGAGCGAGUGAUGGCGCGGUAGGGGGCUCCAGGCAUCCUGGCACCGGCAGUGGGGCAUCUUCAACAGCACCUACGCCGAGGAGUGCUGUGCCCAGCGGUUCAUCGCACUCGACGCUGGAUCCGGCCAGUGUUGAGUUUGCUGUCUCUGCGCUGCUGAGCACUACGGAGGUGUCUGGCAUCCUGAACUCUUUGGUGUCCUCGCCAUCGGUGACAACAGCAGCCACCCUAGGGGACGGAGCUGGGUCCACAGUCACAGCUGCGGCUCAGGCUAGGCUUGCAGUGGCAGCAGCCAAUGGCCCUUCGACAGACGCAGCUCGGGCAGCCAGCGAAGGGGAUGUGCUGCGGACAACGCCCAAGCAGCAGCCCGGAGGCCAAGUGGCUCCGGAUGCUGGUGCAGAAGCUGACUCGCAUGUAAUGGCCGCACUGCCACCCGUGGAGCUCGGGAACAAGCUGCCAGCAUCACUCACAGACCUCCGGUAUUCCAUCCUGGAACAGAAUGGAAACGAAGGGAACAAGGCACGCCACGAGCUGAGCAGCAGCAACCUGGGUCGAGUCAAGUUGGAGCCAGACGGGGCUUUGCCCAUGGAUGUGACCUGACAGCCGCCCCACUGCUUUCUGGAGUCCCGCCGAGUUUCCCGUUGCCAUGUUGUGGCACCGACGGCUGCUGUUGCCGCCGAAGGCACACGGCCACUGCCAGCGCAGGCCGCAUCUCCCCUGCUCAGCCGUUGGGACUGGCAGUGCGGUGCUUCUGGGAGAAGUGCUCAGACCAGGCCUGCUGCUCGCCCUAUCUGGGUGGGAUCACGCCCUCGUCGCCACCUCUGUUUGGCUGGCCGCCGGAAAAAAACCUUCAUGUUCUGCUCAACUGACGCACGUUGUGACAGCUGUGACCUCCUGUUUGUUACCAUUUGUCGUUGGUUGUCGGCACCGAGAAAGAUAAAAGAGCAGAGAGAGUGGGUGCGCACUGUCUGAGGCGCUGCUGCUACUGCUGCCUCUGUCUGUUGGCUUUCCCUCUCCUGUUCCAGCUUGCUUUUUCCCACUGGCAGUUUUUUUGUUGUUACUAGGCCUUGGAGUGCGAUUUAGCAGUUCGCCAGCUUGACCUGCGCAUUCAACCUAAGAAAAAAAAUGUCUUCUUCUUUAACCCCUUUUGUGUAAGACACUAGAGAGGCUGCUUACACAGUUCUGUACAUGGCUGACACAGGUAACCUUUGUGGCUACUCACCGUGUGUGCUUCUAAACGUGCUUCGUCAUAGUGUAAAUUUCAGCCGAGAAUUACAUCAGUCUUUUUGGCUACCAGUGGGAAAAGUAAACUGCCCUUAUGAAGAAAGCAUACAGCCCUUUAUAAUGUGUCAGUGCUGGAAGCAUUGUUACAUAGAUAAGUUGAUCAAAGUUAAUUUCAGAUGUGUAGUCCCCCCCCCCCCCCCUCUUUUUUCUAUUUCCCUCCUAAAUAAAAUACCCCGGGACAAACAACAGUUGAAAGAGGUAAAGGGCUCUGUGCAAAAUGCUGUUUCUGGUAGCUGUGGUACUGGCUGUGUUGAUGUCACUGGUGCAGAUGCUGUACCAAGCAUUGCAGAAGUGUUGUUCAAGAGUGUACAAUUGUAAAAGCAAAAAAACAAAAAAAAAAAUGAGAGAAAAAAAAGGAAAGCUGUGCAAGUGCAGUAUAAUUAUGUUUUGGGGCAAAAUAUUGAAAGGGUAGGUCUUGCUUUGGAAGGAAACGGAAGAAGACAAGUACAGCAACAAUUUCUUCUUCUCAGUUUUUUUUUUUCUUUUUUUUUUACAUAUUUUUCAAGAACUGUUGUGCACUCGUGUUUGAAAUUUCUUUUCCUGCCCUUUUAGGGUGCGCAAUGGCGACGGCCACAUCCAUGGCUUGGUUCUGUAGCUGUGAUAAUACCUCAUAAACAGGGACUUCUGUAUGGGAAGGGUUCCUUUUUUUUUUCGUGUUUUAUUUCAGGGGCUCGGGGAAGGGGAAAGAGCAGAGAGGAGACACGUGAUUGAGCUUGCGAGCUCUUUCAUCUCGUUGUACAAUGUGCUCUUGACAAUGUGUGUGCGUGCGUGUGUGCGUGUGUAUACACCCAUUGUGUAACUAAUGGCAGUGCUAGUUUGUGGAUUCAUAUGUCAAGUCUGAGUGUGGCGGCGCUAAUGUGCUGGUGUGUGUGUAUGUGUGCGUGCGUUGAUGAAUGCAUGUGUGUGUUAGCUUGCAUUGGCACAUUUUCAAAAUGAAAUGAAAAAAAAAAAACAAGCAAACAAGAGGCCUGAUUUAAAACUGCAAGUUUAUAAUGUUUGAAACUAAGGGCACCGCGCUAUUUGGUGCGUUUUUUAGAUUCACGGCAAAGUGGUCAAACAUGAUUUUUGUGUCAGACCGCCAAAGUUGUUGUGCAUUCAAACCACAACUGGGUCACGCUAAAUGCCCUGUGUGUACUUUGAAAACGAUUUAUUGUGCUCCUGUAAUCUUUGGACACAGCUGCGCGAGAAACCUGUUUUUGCAAAACAUGAUUCGAACCCUACCCUUUGCAGAGUUGCACAAAAUAACAACUUGAACCGCGGUGUUUAUCAUGUCCAGCACGAGGUCAAAGUUCUUAGCACGCAACAACUGCAUUUGAGUCUUGAUUGAAAUCAUUGCAAGGAGGCUUGUUUUCUCCCUGGAAGUGCUUGUGCGACAGCUUGUAAAUUAGCAAUCUCAGGGGUCUAUCUGUCUCUCUAUCUCUGGGCUGUGUCGUUAUACACUUUGUGUCUGCCAACUGCCCUGGAAUUUGCCAGCUGUUCCAUGUGUGUGUAUUGGCUCAAUGGCAGUACCAUUUGUGUCGUGGCGUGUCACUCGCGCAUUCACUUUAAGCCCGCUAGGACAGUAGGAGAAACGUGUUCACGAAAUCACAAGUAAAAAAGCACCUGCACAAGGCAAACGUAUAUGCAGGUGCCUUGAUUUAUGUAAAAUGGUAGCUCGGUAUGAAUGUACAUUCAUGCGCGUUGCCAGAAGCAGCAUGAGAGCUAAGGCAUUUCGAAGUACAACACUGUGUCGUUGAGAGUGUGGCAUUGAUUGUUUUUUGGCAUGAGUGUAUUCAUGUAAAUAGAUUUUUUUUUCUUCCACUGUGGAGCUGUGACCUUGAAGAGGGUUUUGUUGCUCUUCGACUCUGUAUAUAUUUUGUAUUUACGUUGAAGGAUGAAAUCGUGAGGGGCAAAAAAAAAAUCUUCAUAUAUCAUUUGUAAAUAAGCAUGGUAGCCCUCAUGGGAUUAAAGAU